GAAAUAAACUGCUCCCACGCUGGACCGUUACGCACAGUAGGGGGCGUCAUGAAACUGACAGGACCCGGAAGUUGAACAAGAAAGCACGUUGUAGCCGUAAGCAGGCUUGCUGUGCUGUUCUCUCUCAUAUGGGGAGAAGUGUCUGACUUGGCGAGUGAAAUCAGACUUGUUCACGCUGAGAUCGGACUCUCUCUAGUCGGCACAGAGAGAAAUGGCUGAAGUGUGUGUCAACAAGGGAAAUGAGGAGCUCCAGCCCUUCACUGUCACUGUAGGAGCUACUGUUCCUACAGGCUUUGAAUACACUGCAGCUGAGGAGGUGCAGGAGAAAAUAGGAGCCAGUGCCAGAGUUAGCAAAGACCGAGGCAGAAUUUAUUUCGAAAUAUCUACGGAUCAUCUGCACAAGGUGCACCAUUUAAAGUCUGUGGACAAUCUGUUUGUCGUGGUUAAACAUUAUGACGAUUAUCAGUUCAAAGAAACAAAGGAAGACGCUUUAUUAGACCUGCAGCAACUCGCUCCUGUGUUACCCUGGAACAAUGCCUUGGAGGUCUGGAAAAUGAACAACUCUCUGAAAAAGAAGAGAACUCGCCGGAGAGGAGCUGGCGCCCCCAAACCCAAGCUUAGUGAUGCAUCUGAACCUGAGAAACCCCAUGCUGAGCCUGAUCCAUCACAACUGAACGAGAAUCCUGGAAACGCCUGUCCCCAGCAGGAGCCCGGUACUGACGGAGAGCAAGAUUGCGAUAUUCAGGAGUCCGAAGUUAAGCCUCUGAAAUUCCGCGUGACUUGUAAUAGAGCCGGAGACAAGCACAGCUUCACUUCGAAUGAUGCAGCACGGGACUUCGGUGGGGCUGUGCAAGAGUUCUUUCAGUGGAAGGCAGACAUGACCAAGUUUGAUGUGGAAGUGCUGUUGAAUAUCCACAACAACGAGAUGGUGGUAGGCAUCGCUCUUACAGAGGAGAGUCUGCACAGAAGAAACAUUACUCACUUUGGCCCCACUACUCUACGCUCCACCCUGGCUUAUGGGAUGUUAAGGCUUUGCAAGCCACAGAUAUCAGAUGUUAUAGUAGACCCCAUGUGUGGCAGUGGAGCCAUACCUUUAGAGGGAGUCAUUGAGUGGUCAAAUUCGUUCUUUCUUUCUGGGGACAACAACGACAUGGCCAUCAGUCGAACAGUUAAUAACAUCAACCACAUCGUGAAGAAAAAACAAGAUGGUGGCAGUAUAUCUCCAGGUUUAUCUAUAGACACUGCACAGUGGAACUUGUGCAAUUUACCAUUGAGGACUAGUUCUGUGGACAGCAUCAUUACUGACAUGCCCUUUGGAAAGAGAAUGGGAUCCAGGAAGAAGAACUGGGAUCUGUAUCCUUCUUGCCUUCGAGAAAUGGCGCGGGUCUGCAGGCCAGGCACAGGACAGGCUGUAUUGCUGACCCAGGACAAAAAAUGCUUUGCUAAGGCUCUAUCACGAAUGGGAGGGCUGUGGAGGAAAUUACACACGGUUUGGGUGAACGUGGGAGGGUUGCAUGCUGGUGUGUUUGUGUUGCGCCGCACGACAGCAGUUUUUGGUACCACUCCAGAAGAUGUCAGAGAUCCUCAUAUGGGAUGUGAAUCACAAGAGGUCAACAUGGAGGAGAAGGUUCACACACCAAGAUCUGAAUGAGUUACUAUUAUAACUAAAGAAAUAUAAUACCUAUAAAAGCUAUACCCCAUCACUUUGUUCAUAUUUAGUUAGUUCCGGUGUUGAAUACAAUGUUCUUUUCACAUAUCAGCAACACUGGACCUCUUGGAAUGCUUUGAUUGUGGAAAUAUACAUUUUUAGAAAUGUACAUGUUGCUGUCAGACUGAAGUUCCGAACAACAAGUUCAAUAAAUGUGAAAAUCAGUUC